UUAGCCUUUCACUGACGUGCAAGUAGCUGUCAACUGUACUCUCUGACUCUCUGUCAUUACAUUGUUGACGGCUUGUCAAUCACGUUUGUUCAAAUUACUUCAAAUGUCAAAGAACGGAGUUUCGAUUCUAGCAGUCACAAAACGUAAACCAAUAUUAAUGUGUCGUAUUUUGUGUUAUUAAAUGUGAACUACUAUUUAUUUAAGUUAUAAUAAUAUAAUGUAUGACAAUGGCCUCGGUAAAAGUUGCUGUAAGGGUUCGCCCGUUCAAUCAAAGAGAAAAGGACAUGGCCGCCAAACUCAUAGUUCAGAUGGAGGGAAAGAAAACGCGACUCCUUACCGUCAAAAGUAGCAAGGAACAAAAUGAGGGUAGCCGUGAAAAGUACAAGGACUUCACGUUCGAUCAUUCUUACUGGUCAUUCGACGGCGGCGACAAGCAUUACGCUUCACAAGAACAGGUAUUUUCCGACUUGGGUCUGGAUGUGAUAGACAGCGCUUUCGAAGGAUACAAUGCCUGUGUUUUCGCUUACGGUCAAACUGGAAGCGGGAAGACUUUCACCAUGAUGGGAUCGCCGGAAUGCCAAGGUCUGAUACCGCGCAUAUGCCGGCAACUAUUCUCCCGCGUGGCAGCCGGCAAGGAGUCAGGGGCUUCCUACCGCACCGAGGUCAGCUACUUAGAGAUCUACAACGAAAGAGUGAAAGAUCUGUUGUCAACGGAUGCGGGACACUCCCUCAGGGUCAGGGAGCAUCCGAAGCUGGGACCGUACGUUCAGGAUCUGUCCAAGCACUUGGUCUCCGAUUAUGAUGAUAUACAGGAGUGCAUGCACCGCGGAAACCUGCACCGCACCACCGCCUCGACCCAGAUGAACGACGUGUCGUCCAGGUCGCACGCCAUCUUCACGAUCACGUUCGUGCAGGCCAGCUACCUGCGCCACAACAAUAUGCCCAGCGAGACCGUCUCCAAGGUCCACCUCGUCGACUUGGCUGGCAGCGAACGUGCUGACGCCACAGGAGCCACAGGGCAGCGGCUGGUAGAAGGCGCUCACAUCAAUAAGUCGCUGGUCACACUGGGAUCCGUCAUAUCGGCUUUGGCAGAAUCCAGUCAGACGGUGGAAAUUAAACUACAGAAAGGCUCGAAGAAGAACGUUUUCAUUCCGUACCGGGACUCCGUGCUCACGUGGCUCCUGAAGGACUCGCUCGGCGGAAACUCGAAAACUAUCAUGAUAGCCGCGAUAUCACCGGCGGACUGCAACUACGGCGAAACCCUGUCGACCCUGCGGUACGCGAACCGCGCCAAGAACAUCAUCAACAAGCCGACCAUCAACGAGGAUCCCAACGUCAAGCUCAUCCGCGAGCUGCGCGAGGAGAUCGACAAGCUUCGGGCGCAGCUCACGCACAAUUCGUGCUCUGUUGAGAACGAGCCGGGAGUGCUGGCGACGUUGCAGCGCAAAGAAGCCCAAGAGAAGGUCCUCACAGAGAAGUGGACGGAGAAGUGGCGAGAAACGCAACAGAUCCUUCAGGAACAGAAAGCUCUCGGACUCAGGAAGAGCGGACUCGGCGUGGUGCUGGACUCGGACAUGCCGCACCUCGUGGGGAUCGACGACAACCUGCUGUCCACCGGCGUCACGCUCUACCACCUCAAGGAAGGCGAGACGCUGAUAGGCACGGAGGAGCACUCGCCGAUACCGGACAUCGUGCUGUCGGGCCCCGGCGUGCUGCCGCUGCACUGCCGCGUGACGCUGUGCGCCGGCACCGCCACGCUGCACCCCUGUGCCGGCGCGCACUGCUGGCUCAACACCGUGCUGCUCGACAAGCCGGCCAAACUCAGCCAAGGUUGCAUUCUUCUCCUGGGCCGAACCAACAUGUUCCGGUACAACGACCCCGCGGAGGCGGCCAAGCUGCGCCAGGAGGGCAGCGCCAACAUGAACCUGUCUCGGCUCUCCUUGCUGUCCUGGUCCACCACCGACCUCGCGGCCAGCACCGAGAACCUCAACUCCAGCGCCCUCUCGGAUCUAGAAAGCGAGAUCCGUUGCGAGCGUAUAGAGGCACAGCGCGCCGAGCUGGAGCGAGAGAGACAACAGUUCCUGAUGCAGCAGGAGGAGCGCCAGCGCAGGUGGAACGCGGAGAGGGAGGAGCUCCUGCAGGCGCAAAAGAAACUUGACGAGGAACGCGAGGCGAUGGAGAAGGAAUACGCGGCGGCCUGCAGGAGACUGUCCGGGGACUGGAGGGCGCUGGAGCGGGGCUGGACCAACCGCAGGAGGGCGCUGCGCUGCAGGCAGAGGGAGCUGGCGGCCAGGACGCAGAGACUCAGGGGGCUCAGCGACACUCAUCAGGGAUGUGUGGAGACCGAGGAAUCGCGCAUGCUGGAACUCAGAUCGAGGAUCGAAAACAAGAGGAUAGAGUUGGAGGACUACGCCAAGAAUAUCAUCAGGGAAUUAGUGGAGAGCGGCAAAAUCGAGAGUUCAACGCCAAGUCCGGACAGUCCCGCAUCGGAGACCAGCACAGAGAGCCUGAUGCACCUGCUGCGUCAGUGCGAGCCCGACACCGCGACCAGCAUCAAGGACACCGUCGACCGGCAUAAGAGAGAGCUGGUGGAGCUGGAGGAGGAGCUGCAGAGCCGGGUGCGGUCGGUGUCGAACCAGCGCGUGAAGGUGGAACGGCUGCAGGCCGAGCUGGCGCUGCUGGCCGUGCAGGAGCUGGGCCUGCGCCGCGCGCUCGCCGCCGACCUCACGCCCGCCGCGCCCACAGAAGGUGACAGUCAAGCGUCGCCCACGGAAGGAGUGAAGCGCAGCAAGUCCGAGCUGGUGCUGCGCAGGACUCCUCGCGAGGAGGUGCUCGACCCACUCUCCGCUGAUGAACGAGAUGAAUUCCGGGACAAAAGAAUCAACCUCAGUCUGAGUCUAGAUCCUCUGGCGUGUCCCGACUCGCUGAACGCGGAGGAGUACCAGACCGCGAGCUCCACCACCCCGAAGUCAUUCCCCCCGGAGAGCCCGCCCCCCCGCAGCUCCCCGCAGAGCUCGCCCCCCCGCGGCCCCCCGCAGCCGAACUUCCGGCUGGGCCCCGUGCCCGACGACAGCGACGAUAUGUCCAGCACUGAAGACUAUCACAAGCCCAGGAUAGUGGAGGGCCAGUCGUCAAGCUCCAUGGACAGGUCGCCGGAAGAGAGACACCAGAGAGCAAAAUACAGAAGAAAGAUCACUGGCGACAGUAAGUCGGGGCGCCGACAAGUGACCGAGGCAGAAGCACUGCGCGCGAUGCAGAGGCUGUGCUCUCGGAUAGCUUCACAGAAGAUGCUCGUCAUCUCUUCACUGGAGAACGACUGCUCGAAGGAGGAACUAAACAGGCAGAUUGCGGUUCUCCAAGAGCUUCAAAAGAAAUACGUCAGGCUGGAGAUGGCGCUGCAGUAUUCGUUCUUCGACAGCCCGCAGAACAGGAGGUCGAUGAUGGUCACUCCGAUACAGGAAACUCCCUCCCUCACCCUCUCCGAGAGCGACAUGCAGGUCGCUACGGACGACCCCGGCGCCGAGAACGGGAACGGAGUCCUCACCGACCCUCUGCUCAACAGGCUGAAGGAGCAGGAGCUGGAGGCGUCGGACAACGUGUCGACGUCCAACGACGAGCUGCCCGCGGAGCAGCCGGACGCGUGGGACGACCCGCUGCGCCGCGCGCUGGAGCCCGACGCGCCCGCACGCAACGGAGCCGUCGCGCCCACGCUCGUGCAUCUACCGCUCGAGGAAUCAACAGACAACGGAGGUCUGACUCACCCCAUAGAUUUUAACGCGGUGGUGAGCGUGCCGGGGUGGGUGACGCGCGGGGCGGGGGCGCGCACGCACCACGAGUACGAGGUGCGCGUGUGGCUGGGCGCGCGCUGUCGGUACUCGCUGCUGCGGCGCUACCGGCGCUUCCGGGACCUCUACCUCGAGAUGCGGGCGCGCUACCCGGCGCAGGUGGGCGGCAUCCCGUUCCCGCCGCGCACGCUGUGGGCGGGCGAGGGGGUGGCGCGCGCGCGGCGGGGGGCGCUGGAGCAGUUCCUGCGGCGCCUGCUGCGCGUGGCCGCCGCCGACCCGCGCUCCCCGCUGCACGCCGCGCCCCUCACGCGGGACAAGCUCGUCGCCUUCUCGCCCUUCUUCCGAAAGGGAGUGUUCGAGAGCGGCAAGUGCGGGACGGGAUGAUGCAGCGCGGAGGUCGGCGCGGCGCGGGCGCUAGGGGCCGCGGCCGCCGCCCUGCUGCGCGCGCUGCUGCUGGCCGUCCUGCUGGCCGCACGCUGCCUGCUGCUGCUGCUGCUGUUGCUCGCGCUCUACGCCCUCAGGAGGCGACGGUAGCCCACACCUCGCAACCACUCUACGCAACUUGACGACGAAUAACUACAGAUACUAAACUAGCUCAUUUUUUUCCUACCUAAGCUGAUAGCCUUGAGGGGCUAUUUCAGCGUAACCUUAACUAGUAGGUGAGCUUACGAGGCUCAAACCGGAGUGAUGCUAACACUGACCCUAGCAAGAGCAGUGCUUCGCAGAAUCUACCACCGGAUCGGAAACGCGACCCACUGAGAAGAUCCGGCGAGAAACUCGAAUGGGCUAUAGCUCAUAAUUCGUUUGUUAUAAAGUACAAAAUCGGUGCAAGUUUGUGUUCUACACUAGCCUACUUUAAUUUAAGGACACUAAAUCAUAUAUGUAUGCGAGUAUCCUGAUUGUUAAUAUCGAAUCCAUAACAAAGGCAGUCACGGUGACUUAAUUAUCGGCUUGGCUGUACCAAUAGUAAUCCUUUGGUAUUGUGAUAUAGAUAAAGGAUUUAGAAAAACAACGGUGAUUAAAUAAUUAAAGUAAUGUUUAUUUAAGAAGUUGUCGUCGCCUCGAUGUUGUGGGGGGACGAGGUACUAUCUCUAUUUUCCACGUUAUUAGGUCCUCGUCUAUUAACUUCCUACAAAGACAUUAGUGAUUAUUGCAUACUGUGAACCGAAUUAAAGUAGACAUCGGCUCAAAGUCCAGCGUGAGGGAGCAGCAGGGUAAGUAGCGGGGGAGGGGCGGGUUGGGGGGCGGCGCACAGCCUCAACACGGGUGCCUUUACUCUUAAUACUUGUAUGCUUAACGUUAUCACAAAAACAUUAGGUUUGUCCUUAAUUAUUAUUACUUUCAACCGUGUUAUUAUUUGUUGUUGUUUUGCUCUUUAUCUGAUUUCUUUAGUGAGCUAGUGUUGAAGUUUUUAAGGUGAUUUCAAAGCAAUCCACCGAGAAUUUUUUGGCACAAUUUACUCAGUACGUUUUACUGCCUUUUGUGAAACAGAAUAUUCUGUCACAAUAGAAGUAUCCCUGUAUAACUUAUGCUUGUAUGAUUUGUGAUUGACUAUUAUUAAGUGAUAUUUUUUUUAAAUGUGUUUUUGUUAUAUUUCUAUACCAUAUAUAAACUUACUCAUAAAUGCAACAUGGAUUAUUUUAUGAGUGGUUAAAUUUGUAAUAGAUGAAAUUUUAUUCAUUGAUUUAGCAAUUAUUAAUAUUAAUUACACUUAUAUUUUCUAGAACAUUAAUUUUAGUUUCCGUUCAAGAAUUAAGGAGUAUGAUGAUGAUCAUUUUAACCAAUAUGCUUUUUUGUGUUUAUUUGAUCAUUCUUGCAUAAAAAUAUUCUGAACUCUCCACAAAUUUCAUACAAGCAUAACUUAUUACGUUAUCUUUAUACGCUCGCUUAGUAAAUUAGGUUACUGAGUAUUGUUUAUUUUGGUUUUUUUCUUUAUAUUUUUAUAUAUUUUGUGAAAGUAGUUGUUAUAAUUGUAAUUGGUAAUGAGGGCUUCCUUUGAUUAGCGUUUUGUUUAAGACAUCCCGGUUGUGUUUUGAUGUUAGGAAUUUCUUUAAACUGAAUAAUGUCGUGUGAACGUGUGUCACGGGAGUGGAGACAGUCCCUGGACAACACUUGACGGUUGUUGUGUUCGAUGACAAUGUCGAUUACUAUUUUUUUCCCUACCUAUGCUGAUAGCCUAGAAAGGCUAUUUCAGCUUCUCAUUGGCGCCUAGGUGAACUCGCGGGGCUCAAACCGGGUGUGCUCCUAACAGUGGCCCUAGCAAGGGCAGUGCUUCGUAGAAACUCAGUGGGCUGUGGUGUCUAUGGGUGAUUGCACUUGCUCGUGCAAUUAGGAAUAUAUGCCGCAAUUGUUAUUUUCAUGAGCCAUUCCUUUGAUAUUAUUCACAAACAACGGUUCAAAUAGAUUUGUUUAAAUUGAUUUCUAACAUUAAAACACCCUGUAUAUGGAGCACCCAGAGAGAGUGUGUUGUCUGCACGUGCCGAUCUCUGGAAAUCAAUAAAAAUUUAGGUUGAUAAGGAUAAAUGAAAUUAAUUCUAUUAUUUAGUAUUUAUGAGAGCAGCAACAACACCAAUGUGGUUGCUCUUCCACUUUUGUUUAGUAGUUUUUUGAUCUUAAACCGACAUAAAGUUUGUUUGUGUUAUUUUACUAAAGUUUAUAUUUUAAAAUUCAUUAACAGUAAUAUAUUGUUAUAUUACUUGUGUUGUGUAUAGAAAAAGCCUAAAAGAAAAGGAAAAAAAAUAUUUCUGAUGAACUUAAUUCUUAAAAAAUGCAAUUCACUAACUUAUUGAAGGUGUGAUGAAUAAAAUUAAAUAAUUAUUGAAUUUAUUAGACUAAUUAUAGGAAGUGAAUAUAAUUACAUCAAUUAAUGCUUAAAGAGUAUUACAAAUGUUAUAAUUCUAAAAUUCUAUACUAUAGUAUUUGUUUAUACAAAAAAAAAUUUGACGAAUAUGCUUCUAUUAUUUGUUAACCUAAAAUGUGGUUUCCAUAUAUAUAUUUUUUUUUUCGAUAGCAAAUUUUUAUUGUUACCAUCAAUGACUUGAAACUAAAAUUGAAGUUAGUAAAAUUCCACUAAACGCACUAAAACUGCCUGCGUUAAGGACAUAGCUAGGAGUUUAUUUCUGUAGCAAAGAAAACCCUAACAAGGUUUCUGUAAACUAAGCAAGAAAUUUCCGAUAGUGUUCUCUGACUAGAACGAUUUGCAGAGAAAACAGUUUGUAAAGUAUAAUGAGGAAACAAAAGACAUUUUUGAUGUGAAUAGAGAAUUACAAUGGUUUUUUUUUUUGUUUUAGUUUUUUUAUUAUAUGACAAUUUAUUAUGAUUACUAAAUUAGACGAAUGAUUCUUUAAAGAAGCGCAUAUAGUUUGACUGUAGUUUCCUGAAUGAAACUAUCUCGUGUAACUCAAGAACGACGUGUUGUGUUUAAUAUUUUGAAAAUAAGCCUUGAUUUAAGGAAAUUUAACAGAAUAGUAAUGUUAUUAAUUUAACAAUAAAAGUAAUGGCGCUUGAUUUGAAUCUUAAUAGAUUAUAUUUUGUACCUAGACAAUCUAAAUUUGAAAUUCUGUAGCAGCGCACAUUGAUUAAAUGUUGCUAUACUAAAAAAAGUCAAUGUUGAUACAACAAAAAAGGAAAUGUAAUUUGACGAAGGCAUAGCUUCAGUGCGCUUUCCUUUUAUUCGAAAGCCAUUUUGUAUGCUAGCUUUCUCGUUAUUUACUCGCGAAAUAUAACACAAUUCACUUUAAUUUAUAUAGAAACAAUCAUAAAUAUUUGUUGUAGACGUAAAACUUGGUAUUUGUAUAAAAUGUUCAGUAUAUAAUGCAACCGUGCGUGUUCAUUUGAAAAUGAGUUGAAUAACAACAAUUUAUGUUUCAAUAAGUCUGCAUGUCUAAUAGUAUCUCUGAUUGUCUUUUCGUUUUUAUAUUUAUGUGCCUAACCCGAGGGUACAGCGGGCUUCCAAGUGGAAAGAUCCUCUUGACACUCUUGCAAAUUUCAUCAAUGUGUAUCAUAAACGAAUUUCAAUAAUGACAACCCCAAAUAUUCGUUACGAACGGCCUUUUGACAGUAAAACUAAUAUGAGGGUUAGAAAAAAAAAGUUUUUAUUAGUUGCCACGCGUAGGCAUUUAAGCAAUCUUUUUUUUCAUGCCGUGAAUCCCAUGCCUUCCUCUUACUCGUGUAUCUGUCGAGUCAUGAUGCGGAGUGUUGCACGUCGCCGACGACAGGGGACGGAGCCCCGACGUGAGGUGAAGACUCCUAGGCGUUGGUGCCCUCGGGUAUGAGGAAUGCAACUUGAGCAAAUGUAAUGUUGUGCAAAUGCAACGCCACUCGUUGCAAGAGUCGAAAUCGAAUAGAUAUAUUACUGUUAUUUGACCGUGAUUAUAUAUCAUAUUAUAUUUCCAGUACAAAAAUGUAGCUACGACAAUAUUAUGACCAAUAUUUAAUGUUAGAUUCAAUUAAAUUUAGCAUGUGUGCGUUGCAUGUACAUCUGUAUGUGUAUUAAUAAUGUAUAAUUGUUACGAUUUAAAUAAUAACGAGAAUAUGUAUUUUUGUAUGUUAUAAUAUAAUUGAUAAGUUUCAGAGUUUUAAAGUAUAAAUUUAUGUUUCGAGUUUUCUGAAUGUAUUAUUUAAAAUGGCAACACCAAUCUAUACAAUGGAUACGUUGAUGACGGUUAAUUUAUAUGAAGGAAUUAGUAAAAACUUUUCAUCUUCUUGCAAUUCAUGUAAAUAAUGAUAUGUAAUAUGGCAUCACAAUAGGCCUAAUCUAUUUAUUUAGCAACAAUACUAUUUUACUAAUGAUCUAUCUAUUUAGCAUAAUAUAGAAAAGUAUAAUAAUAUAUUGUUAAUCAAUUCAAAGAACUGAAAUUAAAUAAACAUAUAUUUCCACAAGAUAUUUAUAAAUAAGAAAAAUAUAUAGUAAAUAUGUUUUAUGAUUAAACACUAACAUAUAUGAGGUAUAAAAUGUUUAUUAAUUAAUUAAUGUACAAUAAUACGCAUUUGUAUUGUGAUAAGAUUUUCAAUUCAAUUCUUGACGAAGUAAGUUCUCAUUGUUAAAGGACCUAAUUUAAAUACAGUAUUUGUGUCGAGUCACAUGACUGAUGAUUUUGUUUCAUUUUCGGAUAAUGUAUUUCAUACAAUAAGUAUAAUACAAUAGAUUAAUCUAUUUAAACCUUAAUGCAUUUGAAAUAAGUAUUUUGUUAAGUGUUUUGAAAGCACGUGCCGAUGGUUCUACUGGUGUAGACAAUUUAUAUUACUUUUUUUAAUUCAGUCGGCUUCAGUAUCGAAAUAAAUAAAUAACAAUAAUUUUUUUUUAGAACAUAGCCCUGCUAUUGAUACGGUUUAAUGAUCCAAAAAUAUAAGCUGGUUGUGUUUUUAAAUUGAAACAGUCAAACGCAACAUGAAAAAAUCGAAAAUUCACAAAAAAAAACAUAAUUAAAAAAAAAGCUCUACAAACAAAAUGUGUAUAUUAUAUUUUAAUUAGUUAAUGAUGGUCAAUAAUAAACAUGUUGGCAUGUACGUUUUGUUAAGAAUAAAUAAAAUGGAAUGUUUCA